GUAGCUGUAUAGGAAGUGAAAAUGGCGGCGGUUGUCCCAGCCACUCUGAAAGCCAUAUCUCCAUACCUUAAAACGGCCCAAGAGUACGAUAAACGAGAUGCCGUUGUGGCUUACUACUGUAAGUAUGUUUGAAAAACGUUUCGACUAUUCGGUAAGAUUUUUUAAGGUUUUCGUAAUUUUUUUUCUAAGCAUAUCACAAAUGCCCAUCUGCUUGGAAAAAGCUGGAAAAAGUACACACUAGUCAUAAGCUUGCAGAAUUUCAAUGAAACAGUUGUCCGUAACAGAAUCCCCAGUAAGAGAGACAGUGGAUCUCUAUUAAGAGCUUACGACUACCAGUGCUACCUGAGGUAAAUAAAGAAUAAACAUGAAGCUUAUUACAGCGGUCUUUUUUGAGGUAGACGUGAAGUAGAAAGAUGUGUUUAUUUUAUGAUGCAGGCUUGUUUGUCUUAAGAGGGACAAUUGGCAACUAUUGGACAAAUCACAUAAGCACGAAAAAUUAUACACCUUUCUGCGAUUAUCACAGAAAUGUGUAUAAAUUAAAAGGUAAUUAAAACAAAUACAGGUAUUGUAUGUUUGUAUUUAGGCCGCCUUCAUGCAGUUCAGAAAGGUAUCAAAAUUGAUAGUAAAAGCAGUGAGGGCAAAUCAUUCCUGUUGAAGCUAAUGGACCAGCUUGAAAAGGUACAAAAUAUACUAAGAUUAUCAGUCAAGUUAAUAAGUUACUUUGGUUUUGUUUUAGUGUGUUUUAGCUAUUUUAAAAUCAACUUGAAUUCUAUUUGAACCUACAUUUUCACCCUCAUGGGUCUUCACUGUAUCACUGAUGGGUGCAUUAUCUUUUGCUACCAGUCUUGAACAAUAAAAUGUAAUCCUUUUCAAGUGAAUUACAUGUUAUGUUUCACAGUAGGUAGAGUGGCUAGGAUCGAGUGAUAGGAGUGUUUUGGGAGAGACUUGGAGCUCUAGCUUAAAUUUUAAAUUUGUCUCUUCCCAUCUCUUUUCAUAUGGUAUUCUCACCUCAUGUUGUUCUCAAUCCUUUUACCUAUGAUAAUGCUUUCCAUGUCAUUAGUUAUAAUUUGUACAUGUCAAGCUAGUAAAAUAAAAACCAAUUAAUGGGCCACUUAAAAUUUGGUUCAACUAUGUGACAUUGGUAGAUAUAACUAUAUAAUUAUUAAUUACGACUCUUUCUGGCUUUCAUGUAAUAUAUCAAACACGAGGAAGAGUGUUUCAUCCGAUAUCCAAACACCAAGAAGUGGUUGAGAAAACGAGGCGCAGCCAAGUUUUUUUUAACCAACUUCAAGGUGUUUGGAUAUCGGAUGAAACACCCUUUCGAAUGUUUGAUAUAGCUUCUCAAACCAUUAAUAAUUCUUGGAGAAAAUCAAAGCAAAAGUUCACCAGAUUUUAUGAUAAUUAAGAUCACAUAUCCAAACCUCCUUCACGGUUGUAAUUUCCUUUGUUUUCUCAGCAUGAAUUAUUAAUGAGUUUGAGAAGUUCAAUGUUGUUUUGCUCUAAGGGUGUUUACCCUUACACAAUCAAUUUUGGUUCAAAUUGUUACAAGAAAAGUUAAACUGCUUUUUGCCAACUCUAAAGAGGAUACCUCUAACCUGUGAACUUGCUGUCAUGUUAUUUAACUCUUUGACUCCCAAGAUCUGAUUGUAAAUUCUCCCCUCUAGCUGCUACACAUGUCCUUGUAAAUUGGUUACGAGAAUUUGGUGCUUGAUCAAGGUAAUAUCUUGUACCUGAUGAGUUUGAGUAUUCUCAAUACCUGUUUGCUGGAUAAUGUAUGGAUAUUAUAAGAAGAAGUUACAUGUUAAUCACUUCUGGGAGUUAAAUGGUUAAGGCCCUUACUUCUAUUUCACAUAAUGUCUAGUCUUUCAUUUUGAACCUUUUUUUUUUAAUUCUGGUAGAAAAAGAAAGAGUUAAUUGAGCAGGGUCAUGAAGCUGUUUCUGAUGAUAAUAUUUCCAAGAUUCACAUAGAGGAGAAAGCUGUACAGUUAUUUUUGUGGGCAGACACUGAAGACCGUGCUGCAAAUUUUAAUAAGUAGGUUGAUUUUUUCUAAAUAUUUAUUUGAAAAGAGCAUUCAAAACAUUUUGACAUUUCAUUAUUUGUAUAUUUCUUAGCUGGGGCACUGCUUGUGUGUACCUGUGUGUACCUGUGUGUACUGUUGGAUAGUGAGAGAUUAUUUGAGUAAAGUAGCUUGCUUAUGAGCACUGCAGAGUCCUGUCUCCUAACCACUGGCUUUUCUGCAUCUUUUACCUUGAAGCAACAUGAGGUUUUAUUAAAUUAAUGUUUUUUUUAACAUUCUUAUGUGUAGCUUUGAACCAAGACUUCAUGACUUUGAGCUUUGAGCUUUGUAACUCAUUUUUAUGCCAAGUGUUUUGAAUGAUCAUUUGUGAAUCUUUCCAGAAAUGUUGUCAAGUCAUUUUACACAGCCAGUCUUCUCUAUGAUGUUUUGGCACAGUUUGGAGAAUUGUCAGAAGAGGUGAAUGGAAGAGUUUACUUUUUAAAAAUGUAAUGUAAUGAACUAAAUAAGCUAGAAUUAUGUUAAACUAAGUGUCAAAGGUAUUUUGCAAUGCUUUGCUUUUGCUCUACGUCCCUGAACAUGUAAAUGGUCCAGAAAACCAAGCUUCUUUUUCAACAAAUCCAAUUCAAAAUGAAAACCAAUUGCAAUAUGGUCAUUUGCAUUUUUUUGUUUCUUUUUGUUGCACUCUCAUUUAGGGUUGUCAUCACAAAAUCUAAUAGAUAAAUGAUCUGGAAUGAGAAGGUGGCUGAAAUGAAUAAUGCUUGGGUAGCAAGCAGGUGUGUGGUAAAGCAACAUGCAAAAUGGCCUCACAGCUGGUGUGUUUCCAUCACCUUCUGGCUUUCAAUGACAUCCCUGCUCAUUGGCACAUUGUGGUAUUCUUCUAUCCUCAGCUUGACUGUUCUGAUUGCAUUGGUUUCAGCUUUACAAUGCUCAAUUGAAAUAAGCUCUAUAGCAACUGAACUUGCUUUCAUAUUUUGAACAGGGGUUUCAAUAAAAGCCACAUUUUGGCAGUUAUCCCCACCUGUAAGACCUGUCGUUGCCCUCUGUUCAGCUUGUGAACAGCCUCUUGUCUUUGGGUUUUGCCUUAUGACACAGCUGCCUUUUGCAACAUCAGCAACCACUCAUGGAAAAAUUUAUUGGAAACCCUGUUUGAAAGUUUGAAAUGGUAAAGACCAUGUCAAGAAUAGUCCAUGUAAACAGAUUUUGAACUCAAACACAACAUUUAUUGUUUUUGCCUAAAUUUCAGUAAGGAUUCUCUUUGGGAUUUUUUGCAUCUUACCUGGAUUGUUGAUAAGCUUUUUUUACUCCAUAGGCAUUGCAUCACUGUAAAUAUGCUAAAUGGAAGGCAGCUUACAUUCACAAGUGUCUGAAAAGCGGAGAAACACCUAUGCCAGGUCCUGCUGGUGGAGAUGAUGAAAAUCUGGGUGGGGAGGCUGAGGGAGGGAUGGCGCCUUACCCUCCCUUAGGUCCUACCGACACACAGCAGCCUCCUUACCCUACCAACACACAGCAGCCUCCUUACCCUACCACCACAAGUGGAAUACCAGGACAGUUUCCCUCUCAGCCAUACCCUCCCGAUCACACACAUUUUCCAACACCACCUGCACAGCCGAGUGCACAUCCGAGUGCACAGCCGAGUGCACAGCCGGUAAGUGUCUCAGCAAGAAGAGUUUCAACUUUGCUGCCCACCUUUUUUAUGCCGAUGACAUGUUCAACUUGUCAUGACAUAAAUUCGCGCUCUGCUCAAAAGAGUUAAUUGAGUACAUGUAAUUUAGGGAAAAAAUAAACCGAAAAAAAAGGGCAUUUUCUUUGAUGACGGCAAUUUUUUUCACCCAAGUUACUAAACAUCUGAAGGCAGACACAAAAACCGAUAUGCUUCAUCUCGCUCGCUAACAAUAGUAAAUUAAACCAUUUUUAAAUUACUGAUACUUUUAAUCAAUUUUUGUGUCAGUCUCCUACAGUCGCACCUGUCCACCCAGUGGUGCCACCAACUAUACCGUCUUCGGCGACGCCGCCAACUAGCAGCUUAUCUCCUGAGGAUAACGAAAAGGCUCAGAAAUAUUGCCGCUUUGCCGCCAGUGCCUUACAAUACGAGGACGUCCAAACAGCAGUCGAGAAUUUGCACAAAGCACUGGCGUUGUUGCAGAAGUGACUUUCUUCGGUGGGUAAUAUGUCAGACGGCGAAAUCUUAGCAUUCUGUGUCAUGAACCUAGGCACAAGAGAACAAAAUUUUGUUGCAAUGUUUUGUGUGGAGUCUGAUUGAUUUGAAAUAUCAGGGGGCAGUAAAGAGAAACUGAUCCGGACAAUUUACAAGAGAAAUAUACUCUUUUGAGACUGAAGGAAUACGCUGGCAUCUGUAAUUAUUUUUAACCUAAGGAUACUGGAAAUGACUGCAGCUAGUUUAAAUAAUUUAUAUAAUGACCAUCACUAUGUGAGCCGUUCGACCCCGCGAGUUAUUUUAUUGAAAAUCAUUCAACGAAAGUCCCGAUAUGAGGGCUGUGCGCUAUGACGUGAGAAGGACUAAUGACCCUACGCUCCUUGUCCCUUGUAAUACAGGGAUAUAGUGUAAUCAAAUUAUUAUAGUACCAGAGUAAACUUGCAAAAUUUUCUGGAGAAAAGACUCAAUCUUUCACCUCAAUUUACUAAUGGUUUUGCAAAUAGAUAACACAUGAAACACUAGCGGACAACAGAUGUUAAAUUAUUUGGUUUGUUUAUAAAUCGUAAGACAAUUCUAAGCUUU